CCUGUCGAGUUCAGGUGAAUAAAAGCUGAAGCUCUGCUGCAGUAUGCGCAGUGCUGCUGUGUUGUUAAACUGCUUCAGUGCAUUUAGCUUAGAGAAGUUAAUGAGUGAUUUAACUUAAAUGAACUGAUUGAUGUUUUUACUGAUGUUUUUACUCUGAAUGUUUUCUGUUUAGCAGAAAUCCUCUAAAACCAUAAAAACCAAUGAAAAUGCAGGAAAACUCAGAAAGUUUCCUGCAUUUCUGAUGUUUUCCUGUUGAUUCUGAACUGAUUGGUCUGAUGUGAAGUGAUUCUGUUUGAACUGAAACUGAUUUUCCUAAAGUUGGUUUGAUUCAAGCUGCUGAACAAAGCAAAGGUUUUGUUUUUCUGUCCCUGAUUCUAAACCAGUGAAAUCUGUUUUCUUUGUUUGAUCCUGAACAAAAUAUUUGCAUCAUGAAUGAUUCUUACAUGUCUGCUGAACUUUACUUGUCGUAUGAAAUGUUUGAAGUUGAUCUUAAAGAGGACUUUUAGGAAGAGUUUAGAUUUUCCUCAGCUGUAGUUUCUGCAGAACGACGGUGUUUCUCUUUGCAGAGUGACUCUGUAUGACUGCAGGUCAGUUCGGACCACUGACCAGCCCAUGUUGGGUUUGCUUCGUCGUUCUAUGGCUCUGAAACCUUUGGCGUCUCUUGGACAUGAAUGAGAACGUUCACAUUGUGUUUGUCCUCAGCGGUCUGAACGACUCGCUGACCAACCGUCAGAUCUACUUUGGUCUCACACUGACGUCGUACCUCUUCACCAUCUUUGUGAACCUCACCCUCAUCCUCACUGUGUGUCUGGAUAAAACCCUCCACCAGCCGAUGUACGUCUUCAUGUGCAACCUGUUCUUCACUGGGAUCUGCGGAGCGUCCAGCUUCUACCUGAAGCUGCUCAGCGACCUUCUGGCUGACGCUCAUGUCAUCACAUACGCCGGCUGCUUGACUCAGAUGUUCAUCUCUUACACUUAUAUCUUCUGCCAGCUCAACGGUCUGACCAUCAUGGCCUACGACCGCUACCUGGCCAUCUGCCAGCCGCUGCGCUACUGGGCUCUGAUGACUGGCCAGAAGGUGGCGCUGCUGUUGCUGCUCACCUGGUGUCUCUCAUUAGUGGAAACAGCUGUGGGCCUCGCCCUGAUCGCCAUACUGCCUCUCUGCAGCCGCCACAUUGCCAGAAUUUUCUGCACUAGCUGGGAGGUGGUGAAGCUGUCCUGCUCUGACACCUCCGCCAACAAUCUGUACGGCAUCAUGUUAAUGAUCCUGCACUUGGUGCAGGUCAUAGUGAUCCUAGUGUCGUAUGUCCAUCUGGUCCGAUCCGCCGCUCGCUCUCAGGAACACCGGAGAAAGUUUGCUCAGACCUGCCUGCCCCACCUCGUCUCUCUGCUCGUCUUCUCCGCCUCACUGCUGUUCGAUGCUCUGUACUCUCGUUAUGGCGGCGGCUCCAUGGCGGCGCUGCAGAACGCACUGGCUGCGGAGUUUCUCGUGGUGCCGCCCAUCGUCAACCCCAUCAUCUAUGGCAUGAACCUGAAGCAGAUCAGGACCAGAAUCAGCCUCUGGAUCAACUUCAGACCACAGAAGCUUCAUAGAGAUUUCUUAAAAUAAAAUCACAGAACAAAAGUAUAACUGUAAGCAGUUAUCAACGGUUCCGAGUCCGCACUGAGGACGGUGCUUACUCCUCAGAGCUGUUCCCGUCAGGAUGUAGGAAGUAUUUCAUACAUUUUCAACAGUUUAUUAAAAUGUCAUACUUUAACUUAAAUCUCCCAAAAAUAUUUCCAGGUAACCAUGACUAUAUCUGGAACCAUGUAAACUUGUUUCAUGAAAAAAGUGAACUGUGAUUUCAGCAUAUUUUACAGUGCAGACUCGAUUUUAAAAAAUUUAAUACAAUCACAACACAAUAGAAAUCCCUAAAAUAUUCUUUGAAGACUCGUUCUAUAUCUGGUGUACUAUAAAAACGUGUCCAUGUUCGUAGAGUUUAUGUUUUUUUUAAAUAAAAAGUUAUCCGCCAUUUAAACAAUGAUGGCAGUACAUACCCAAAUUAUAAACAUUCAUAUUUAAUCAAAAUUUCAUGAAAGAAUUGUAAAAAAUAUUGACAUAUUGUUUACCAGAGGAAAAAUAUGUGCA